AUGGUAGAGUUUGCCAUCAACAACUCGGUGCAUGCGUCCACGACACAUACACCGUUUUACGUGAAUGGCUUUCGCCAUCCGCGUGUACCCACCUUACUAGAGUGUAACUCUGGUUUAAGGGGGGGAGGGACUCGCGCGAGCAAAAACCGAUUUGGUUCACGCUUAUCACGCGCUGACGAUGAGGUUAUUGCGUUUGAUGCCGAUAUCGAUAACAUCGAUAUCGAAGAAGAUGAUGCCAGUGAGAGUGCGGAAGCCCUCACUGAAGAAAAGAUUGAUGUUGUUGCAGUGCACUCACAGCGCACUGAAGCUAACGAGUCUUCCGAUGAGUUUAUACUGGCUCGUGAAACGGGUAGUCCGUUUUGUGCAAGACUCCAUCGCCGAAGCGGUGGAUUAGCAAAAGCAAAACGCUGA